AAGUGAUCAAAAACCACCUUAUCGGAUUUAGUGUGAAAUUUUCGUUUUUUUUUCUCUAGAAAUAGUACUUUUUAUGUGAUAUAUUCAAGAUGUGUGUCCUCCGUAUAUUUGUAGUUUUGUUAAGUUUAUUGGUAGUGGCAUUUGCUAGCGAUGGGCAUUGCAUUUGGCAUGGAGUUUGCAAGGUAUAUGAAGAAGGUCCUUUUAAAAAGGCAUUCAAUUGCCCAUAUGAUGGACCUGGUAAGCCUCUUGAUGAUGAAGCAGCACGGAAAAUUUUGUCGGAUCGAUGCCCCGAACUUUUUGAAAAUGAUAAAAAUGAGUCGCAGUUAUUUUGUUGUAAUGCUGAAAUGGUUCAAAUUAUGGAAAAUAAUUUUAAACUGUUCAGCAGUAUGUUUGGUCGAUGUUCAUCGUGUUUGAAGAAUUUUCAAAAAUCCAUUUGCGCACUAAAUUGUUCACCAAAACAUAGUCAAUUUUUGGAUCCCUAUAUAGUCGAUAUUGAAACUUAUAAUGAAACUGGUUAUAAAACAGGCGAUGAAAAGGAUAAAUACAUAAAUGCGGUCGACUUUUACAUGAGUGAAGAGUAUAUUGAAGGAGUUUUCAAUAGUUGUAAGGGUAUUGUUAUGCCAUCUACUGGACAGUAUGUUUUGGAUAUGGGUACAUGUGGUCUGUAUGACUCAAAAACAUGUACUGCAAAAAGAUGGUAUGAAUUUAUGGGUGAUGCAGAAAAUAAUCCGUUUGUUCCCUUUCAAUUAAAUUACAAGUUCGAUAAUGCGGAACGUGCGUUCCGAACAGAUACAAAAAAGUGCAAUGAAGCAUAUGACAGUUCAGUACCUUGUUCAUGCGUAGACUGUAGUUUGUCAUGUCCUACAAACGAAAAAGAUCCUGGUGAAACAGUGGAACCUGAAAAUCCUUUUGUUCGAACAUUGUACGUAGUUAUAAUUGUAUUUUUAUGUUCAUUCCUCGUGCUAUUUCUUAUACCAGCAUCCAAAUUUCCAAAGUGUAUCGCAGGUACACCGAAAGUAGAUAAAUUGCUUACAAUUGCUUUUCGACAUUGGGGAAAAUUUUUUACCAGUUAUCCAUUAAUGACGCUAAUUGUUUGCAUCAUAAUCAUACCUUUGAUUAGUGUCGGUGUAUUUUUUAUGAAAAUAACCACUGAUCCCGUCGAACUAUGGGCUGCUCCACACAGUCGAUCACGACAGGAAAAAGAUUUCUUCGAUAAUACAUUUGGUCCAUUCUAUCGAACGGCACAGAUUUAUAUCAAACCAACUGAUUCCAAAUAUAUUACACAUGACACAAAAUCUGGAACACUCAAUUUUGGUCCGGCAUUCAAUAAACCCUUUUUGGAAGCUGUAUUUCAAUUACAACAAUCCAUUGAACAAAUUGGAAAAAACGAGUAUGGAUUGGAAAAAAUUUGCUUUGCCCCAAUGACGGCUGCCAAUGAAAAACCGUCCACAACAUCACAAUGUGUGGUUCAAUCAUUAUUCGGUUAUUUUGAAAAUAAAAUGGAGAAAUUUAAUAAAACAGAGGAUAUAGAGGGAUUUACUGUGAACUAUUUAAAUCAGUUAGACAAAUGUAUGGGUAAUCCGUAUGAUGUAAGUUGUUUUGGACCAUACGGUGGCCCAAUUGACCCCGCAAUUGCUUUGGGAGGCUAUAAAAAACCGGGUUCAGGUGAAUCGAUCGAUUAUAAACUAUCAACUGGUGUGAUUAUUUCGUAUAUAAUCAACAAUUCGAAGGAUAAGGAGAAAUUAAAACCUGCGCUAGAAUGGGAAAAGAAUUUUAUAAACUUUCUAAAAAACUUCUCAUCGGAGCAUAUGGACAUUGCAUACUCAGCUGAACGAUCAAUUGAAGAUGCUAUUGAUGAGUUAUCACAAGGUGAAACAUACACAGUCAUCAUAAGCUACAGUGUUAUGUUUAUCUAUGUUGCAAUUGCGUUAGGAAAUUUCAAAAAUUUUGGAACCAUUUUGCUUUAUUCGAAAUUUACACUCGCAAUCGGAGGAAUUGUAAUCGUUCUGUCAUCGGUCGCCUGUAGUUUGGGAAUUUUUGGAUUCUUAGACUUGCCCACGACAAUGUUGACCAUUGAAGUAAUUCCAUUUUUGGUUUUGGCCGUUGGCGUUGAUAAUUUAUUCAUUUUGGUUCAUGCAUAUCAACGUCUUGAUGUAAAAAAAUAUACGUCAUCAAGUGAUGCAGUCGCUGAUGCACUGGCUGAAGUUGGACCAUCUAUAUUGCUUACGGCAAUCUCACAAGCCAGCUGCUUUGGAAUCGGAUCACUCAACGAAAUGCCGGCCGUUAAAACAUUUGCCUUAUAUGCAACCGUUGCUAUAUGCUUUAAUUUCUUAUUACAAAUUACUGCCUUCAUAGCAUUGAUGACCAUUGAUAUGAUUCGAUAUAAUAAUGAUCGUUUAGAUAUAUUGUGUUGCAUUCGGAGCUCGAAAAACAAUGACGACGUACCGAUAAAAAGCUGCUUGAAAUCAGUAUUUGAAACGAUUUGCACGACAAACCUUCUUAAAAACAAGAUAUUUAAAACCAUCAUAAUAGUAUUGUUCACAAUUGUAACGGGUGCUUCGAUAUAUGUUAUUCCGAAAAUUGAAAUUGGAUUAAAUCAACAAUUGACCAUGUCAACAGAUUCCCAUGUUUAUAAAUAUUUUAAUGUUAUGAAUGAGCUAUUGGCAAUGGGACCACCAGUAUAUUUUGUGCUGAGCACGUCUCUGAACAUGAGUCUAAUUUACAAUCAAGAUUUAAUAUGCGGAGGUCAAAAAUGCAACGAAGAUUCAAUUAUAACUAAAUUGUAUAUGGCAUCAAUGAAUUCCGACGUAACAAAACUGGCAAAACCACCAUCGUCGUUCAUAGAUGACUAUUUUGAUUGGUUGAGUGUAGAAACGUGUUGUAAAAUUGAUCAAGACAAUCAGUUUUGUCCCAGUGAUAGUACAAAUAGAUCUUGUAGAGAAUGUACAAGAGGAUUUGAUGAAGAGUAUGAUUUGUUGGGAGUAAAACGACCGAACGUGGAAACAUUUGAACAGUUUUUGGUAAAAUUCUUCCUCAAAGAUAUCCCAACUGCAAAUUGUGCAAAAGCCGGAAAACCAUCGUAUGCAAAUGCCGUUAAUAUUUCAUACGAUCAACAUUUAACGAAUGUAUAUUUCAUGAGCUAUCAUACAACCGUUGCCACGUCCAAUGACUUUAUCGCCGCACUUAGAGAGGCCAGAAAAAUUGGAGACGAAAUUCAAAAUGAAAUUUCAACACUUGACGAAUCGACUAAAUUUUUUCCAUACAGCAUUUUCUACGUUUUCUAUGAGCAAUAUUUAACUAUUUGGCAAGAUACAUUAUUUUCUUUGGGCAUUUCAUUGGCAACCAUUUUUGCUGUUUCUUUCAUUUUAACUGGUUUUGAUUUUAUUGCUGCAGCCGUUAUACUUCUGGUCGUUUCACUCAUUCUAAUUAAUAUGGGUGGCAUGAUGUGGAUAUGGAACAUUUCUUUGAAUGCCAUUUCUUUAGUUAAUUUGGUUGUGUCCAUUGGAAUUGGUGUUGAGUUUGUUUCGCAUAUAGUACGAGCCUUUUGCAAAGCAGACGGUUCGAAUGUAGAACGAGCUAAUGAAGCUAUUUGCAAAAUGGGUGGCAGUGUCUUAUCAGGAAUUACGCUUACAAAAUUUUCAGGCAUUUUAGUCUUAGCAUUCGCCAAAUCACAAAUAUUCCGAAUCUUUUACUUUCGCAUGUACUUGGGUAUCGUUGUAAUUGGUGCAGUGCAUGGAUUGAUUCUAUUGCCUAUCCUAUUAACUAUUUUUGGACCUCUACCAAGACAAACAUAGUCGAUAGAAGAAAAAAAAACUUUCGCACGCACUUCACCACCACUGGAAAUGCGACGAAAAGUUUUGAAUGUAAAAAAAUCAUUUUCAUCAUCAAUAAUCUCAUCAAAAUAAAUAUUAAAAAUA